CUAUCUUGGAUCUGUAAACAUCAUCACGGUUUCUCUCCCCGCCACUCCACCUGUUUGGUUCCCGAGAAAACUUUCUGGAAAAUGAAAAGGAAAAUCGCCUUACACCGCCACUCCACUUCCCCUACAAAGUUCCCUGCAGAGUAAAACAUCAGUGGCUGCCGAUUCCGAAAGAUUCAGAAUGGCACAUUUCUCAUCUCCUCAAGUAUCCCAUACGCUGAGGCUACCACGCCCACCGGGUGCUUGUUGCAAAGCGACGACAAUGGCUUCCUUGUCGUCCAGCGGGAAGACCGCGAUAGCUUCGCUGAAGCUCUCUCAGGGUCUUUGGGGCUCGCCGGAGCUCAAUUUGUGUCCUUUGAGACUAUUGGGGAGUGAUCCGUCUCGGAGUUUCGCCGUGGUGAGAGACAGUGCUGAGGGGACUGUGGUGGGUGAAAAUGUUGAUCACAACAAGGUUGAAAACUCUUCGCUGGAAAAGUUUGAGGAGCGUGAUUUUACCGGCACGCCGUAUGUUCCUGUAUAUGUAAUGCUACCCUUGGGUGUGAUCAAUAUGAACUCCGAGCUAGUUGAGCCAGAAGCUCUGUGAAAUCAGCUACAAGUGUUGAAGUCGGUUGGUGUUGAUGGUGUUAUGGUUGAUUGCUGGUGGGGAAUCGUAGAGGCACACAGUCCGCAGGGAUAUAAUUGGGGUGGCUACAAGAAACUAUUCCAAAUUGUGCGCGAUCUUAACCUUAAGUUACAGGUCGUGAUGUCAUUCCACGAGUGUGGAGGCAAUGUCGGGGAUGAUGUACAUAUCCCACUUCCUCACUGGGUGACAGAAAUUGGCCAAAAGAAUCCUGAUAUAUAUUUUACUAAUAAAGAAGGGAAACGCAACACUGAAUGUCUCACAUGGGGAAUUGAUAAAGAGCGGGUUUUAAGAGGCCGCACUGCCGUUGAGGUUUACUUCGACUACAUGAGGAGCUUCAGAGUUGAAUUUGAUGAGUUUUUUGAGGAAGGAAUAAUAUCAGAAAUUGAAGUUGGAUUAGGUCCGUGUGGAGAGCUACGGUAUCCUUCUUAUCCUGAACAGCAUGGUUGGAAAUAUCCUGGUAUUGGUGAAUUCCAGUGUUAUGACCGAUACUUGAUGAAGAAUCUGACGCAGGCUGCAGAAGCAAGGGGCCACACCUUCUGGGCCAGAGUACCAGAUAAUGCAGGUUCUUAUAAUUCCCAACCACAUGAGACAGGGUUUUUCCGUGACGGAGGUGAUUAUGAUAGCUACUAUGGCAGAUUCUUUCUUAAUUGGUACUCCCGUGUUUUGAUUGAUCAUGGUGACCGUGUACUUGCUCUGGCCAAUUUAGCUUUUGAAGGCACACGCAUUGCUACAAAGGUAUCAGGUAUCCACUGGUGGUACAAGACUGCCAGCCAUCCUGCUGAAUUAACUGCUGGAUUUUACAACUCCUGCAAUCGUGAUGGGUAUGCGCCAAUAUCAGCAAUGUUAAAAAAGCAUGAGGCUGCUCUGAAUUUCACAUGUGUUGAAAUGCGCACAUUAGACCAACAUGAGGGCUUUCCGGAAGCACUGGCAGACCCUGAGGGAUUAGUUUGGCAGGUGCUGAAUGCUGCAUGGGAUGCUAACAUUCCAGUUGCUAGUGAGAAUGCUCUUACUUGCUUUGACAGAGAAGGCUACAACAAGAUAUUAGAAAAUGCUAAGCCCUGGAACGAUCCAGAUGGCAGACAUUUAUCAGCAUUUACCUAUCUCAGAUUAAGCCCAGUUCUCAUUGAGAGGCAUAACCUAACGGAGUUCGAACGAUUUGUCAAGAGAAUGCAUGGAGAAGCCGCUUCUGAUGUUUAGAUCAACUCAAAUAGACAGCACACCGGUUUCAGGGGACGGACGAGGGGCUUGCUGCUUCGGAGAGAGAUUAAUAAAAACUUUGACUCGUCUGUGUGCAAAUCUACAUAUAGCAAUAAUAAAAGAAAGUUUUCUAGCAUUCUACAGGUUUGGUGUAUUAACUGAUAAAACUAUGGUUACAAACUUGUAACCAAUGAUAGUAAUUUAUAAGAUAUUUCCAUUCCAAAUCUCACAAA